UAAUUUUGCAUGCAGAUCUACACUACUUGAUACGUGAUCUCUACAUUCCUAUAUUAGUUUCAUGACUGCGUCUAGCAUAAAUAUAUAUAUUAACAGAAUUUCUGCAACCAUCAAAAUAUUUUUUUUAACUCUUCCAGUGUUUUUUAAUUUGAAUAAUGAAAUCCUUUGUCAAUAUAGAUUGGAAACUUCGGUUUGUGCUGGAAGAAGUCAAAUUGCAUUUACCACGAUCUGCAAUGAUUUACAACGUCAUAAAGUUGAAACAAUCCUUGAUGGAAAAUCCCAGUGAAAAACUCGAUAUUGAGAUAUUUGUGUUUUCCACGGAGGGAUAUCUGGCUAUGAUACGAAUCCAAAGUCUGCCCCAAACUAUAGUGGUUGUUUUCACUGUAAAUACAACACCAAGUUCUCAAUUUUUGCGAAGCCUUCAUGAUUUUAUCGACUGGUCAAUCCCGCUUCAAUUCGAAGGCGUCGAAAAUCCAAUAGCAAACUUUCUGAUUCAAAGUUCUGAACAACCUUUCAAAUGGGAACUGCACGAUCCAAUUGAAUUACAUUACAUGGAAAAGGAGACAGCUCUGAGAUUAAAGAUGAAAAACGAUGCUGAUUCAAAUUUGUGGAACCAUCACAUCUCAUUUGGAUCACUUGACUCCACGGAUGCCGAUGAAAUUGACUCUGUCUGGCCUGCGUCUUGUCCUGGUUCACUGGAAAUGUUGACAAUUUCCGUCGAACUAGUUGGCUCUGGCGGUGUUCAAAUUUCCAAUAAAAAUAAUGAGACAGGAAUUGUUGACACAACUCUAGUGAGCUGGGCAAUUGCAUUACCUUUCGGUUCUAUUCAUGCACUUUACACCAAACCACAAUACCAAGGACAUGGAUUUGCCAAAAUGACGAUGCAAUGUGUGUCCAAAAAUGUUGCAGAGAAAGGGCGACUUCCCGUUGUUCAAAUCUACAAAAAUAACGAUGCUUCUAAGCACUUGAAUUCUAAAAUCGGGUUUAUUUACUCUCACGACAUCAAUUUGAUGCAUUAUUCUCCACAAUGAAGAAAAAAUUAAAGGCUGCCAAGUGGUCAACGGAAAUGUUUGGUAUAGCCUUGUAACUUUAAUUUUUGUCUACUGUUGCCGACCCAUCAAAUAUUAACACAUAAAAAUAUCGUUGUCGACACGCUGGACAUGUAUUUAGAUUUACUUGAUUCGAUAGAAUAAAUACGUAAAAUGCAGUUAUUUUUGAAACUUUUGGCGUUGGUCACAUUAACCUUUAUUCUUUCCGCUUCGACCAAUUCCUCAUCAGAUUACUUGUUCGUGAAUGGAACGCGAUUGUAUUUUCGACAGUCUCAAGUUUUCCUCUCUGGAGUCAACUUUGCAUGGAAUAGCUAUGCCUCCGAUUUUGGAAAUGGACAGUACUCCAAAAACGGGGCAGUUUUAGAGGCUUGGAUUAAAGAUAUAGCAAAAAGUGGGGGGAACGUGGCAAGAAUAUGGCUUCAUUGCGAGGGACAAAACACACCAGAGUUUAACUCGCAUGGUGUACCCACGGCUCCCGACAGAGAUCGGACAUUAAUUUCCGACUUAUCUCAAUUCCUUGACAUUGCAGAAUUCAACAACGUGUUUGUAAUUUUGGUUUUAUGGAAUGGAGCAGUUGGAGUUAAUACCCGUUAUAAAGAUUUAAUUAUGAAAGAUAUCAACUUGGACGCAUAUUUACAAAAUGUUCUUUUGGUAUUUAUUACGGUGUGCAAGUAUAUUUUUUAAAUUUUUGUUUGGUAAAAAAAUUCUGCCGGAUAUUUCAGCCCAUGGUGAAAGCGAUAAAAACCAAGUCAGCCCUGGCAGCUUGGGAAAUUAUGAACGAACCUGAAGGACUGCUAGAAAUGGUUUCAGAUGACAAUUCUUGCUUUGAUACUGCAAAGAUGAAGCCAUUUGGAGGUGGCUGGACUAAAAGCAACAUUUCUAUGCAGCGCGUGCUAAACUUUAUCAACAAGCAUGCUGCAACAAUUAAGAAUGAAGAUCCAAAGGCGCUUGUCACUCUAGGAUCAUGGCAUUUUAUGCCACAAACUGACGCAUUUCCUUCAGACACCUUCAAUUACUACAAAAAUUCUUGCCUGGUUAGAGCUGGUGGGGAAGCCAAUGGAACGCUCGACUUUUAUCAGAUGCAUGCUUACUCUUGGGAAGGAAAAUUUUUCCAAAAUUCCCCAUUCUUGGUGGAUGCUGCAACGUACCAACUGGAUAAGCCAUUAGUUAUUGGAGAAUUUAGCGCGUCUUGUGGGGCCGACAUGAAAAA